AUGUCUAUACCCGAGCAUAAAUUUCCAAACACCAUACUUCCGUCGUCUAAUGCACUAAUGCAGUCCGAGAUAGUCCUGCCGCUGCCACGCUCUUUAUCUGCAAAUUGCAGAAUUGUCUCGCACAUGUCCUCUCCAACGGAUGGGAUCUUCCAGAACAGAAUUCAGGCCCCCAUCAUGACGCCAUUUGCGCAUGAGAGUGACCCUGGGCGAAAAACUCACGGGCUCAACGCCCUUGGUGAAGAAGGUUCCUACUCUAAAUCGCAUGCAAAAUCCAGAAGACUAGCGUCCCUCCACAGGGGUAUUCUAAAUGUUGAUGAUAGUUGCAGAAGCACGACCCCAUCGGCCUUACCGAUCACACCCAAGAUUGUAAUGUUCAGUACGAGUUUCAACCAAAACCGCAAGACUGGUAAGGUUGGUAAACACCACACACAGCAAGGAGCCUCCGAUGAAACGCCUGACGAGCCGCGGAGCAACCACCGACAGCGUCAUAAAAAACGUAUGCACGACAAAGUGGAUUCUACUAAUAGUAAAUAUCAGGAGAUGUCUUCUCUCAUUCCGUGCUACUCAUCUUAUUCUGUCGGCUUGGACUCUGCCAGCGUUGUUGUUAAACAGAGCCCCAAAGAUCCGGCUAUCGCCAUCUCUGAGAACCGUACCGACGUCCAUUUUAUAUGGCCGUCGCUCCACGUGAAUGGAGGGAUUGACAACAUCGGCUUGCCGCAGACGUUGCAGGUACCUCGCUAUUCCGAUUUACACUCCCCGGGACGUACGAAUAAUAGCAGUCGUCCAUACCCAAACAUCACUUCAUAUAAUUCGCUCACCAAAUCAAGUGGUGCGUGCGCAAUUACCCCACUCAGUGAUGGCAAUUGUGCCACAAACAAUAAGGUUUCCUCUCAGGAAACCAACAGUCAACUAUUGACAAGCUUUUCCACAUCCACCGCCGAUUAUGUAAACGGGCACAAUCAUACCCCUCGGGAAGAGUUGAACGGGGGUUGCACCUGUGCCCACUUUCAGCGGUCUUCUCAGAUGAAGCCAGGUGAUAAUGUGUGCAAGAUUUUGUUGACCAAUUCCAUAGAGGGCAGUAAAACCGAAAGGGGUCUUGCCUUGCGUGUCCGACUGAACCACAAGGCUCUUAUCGGCAAAGGGAGCUACGGAAUGGUCUUUCAGGCGAUGGUUCUUGAUACCAACCGCAUUAUAGCAGUGAAGGAGAUCCCAAUCGGCAACUCCCUUCGGCGUUUGCACCACCCCCAUGAGAGUGACAGCAACUGCCGCCACAGCUGUGGUCCUGGAGCUUCGGGGGAAUUGGAGGGGGGGACGACCGGGGCAUCCUCCAUACCAGUCGAUAUUGUAAAGAUGCCUAGCUCCUCGUUGAACAAUAACAGCGCUGAUUUUCAAUCCAAAUUAGACUUGGUGUGGAGAGAGUUGUCGCUGAUGCGAGAGCUGGAUCACCCUAACAUCGUUAAGUAUCUUGGUGAAGAGAUUGAUGACUCCUAUAUUCGUAUUUACAUGGAGUACGUCUCGGGCGGGAGCAUCAGCUCCCUUCUACGCACCUUCGAUUCUUUCCAGGAGUCACAGGUGGCAAACUUCACCCGACAAAUUCUCCAGGCUGUUACUUAUCUGCACUCGAAGGGGAUUGCCCACUACGAUCUGAAGGGUGACAACCUACUCGUGGAUCCGAGCGGGACGCUCAAGUUGGCGGACUUCGGCACCGCACAGGAGAUUAAUUCAAAGAAGGGCGUCACCAAAAUCGCUGGCACCGCAUACUUUAUCGCUCCUGAGGUCGUUAUCCAGGGCACUUCGGACUUCAAGUCGGACAUCUGGUCCGUAGGUUGCUGCGUGAUUGAGAUGUUGACAGGGGUGGCGCCGUUAUCCCAUCUCGCCACAAAGUACUCCGUGUUGAUGAUGCUUGCAGAGUCCACUGAUGACAUAUUCAAGCACUACAUCCCUAAGGAACAUAAUUGGUCGCCCGAUGUAGUGGAUUUUCUCAUGCAAUGCCUCCAAUGGGAUCCGGCCAAGCGGCCGUCGGCAGCGCAGCUUCUAACUCACCGUUGGCUGAUGCAUCCUCCGACGGACGUCGGCACCACCACCAACAACAACAGCCCUACGGUUACUACGCAAAUCACGGCACGAAUGUACCCCCCCCCUCGCCCCUUCUGCUGUCAAGCGGUGCGCGUGAGCAACUCACCAAUCCGAAAGCGCAUAAUAUUCCUACUACGCUUUCUCCUGUCAUGUUAA